AUGAAGUUGAAAUCGAAGCUGUUUUCGUGUUCGCUUAUAUUCGAGAUUGGGCGGAAGAUCAAACAGAUCAUCCUUGAUCUCUGCAUGAGCAAGCAUGGGCGCCUGGGGACCAGAUCAGAAACCUUGGAUGAAGGAGCGCCGGUCUUCUUUUCUCAUAAUGGCGUGAUAUGGGCUACCUCUUAUGACUUUGUCCGCAUCGGCAUGGAGGCACUUUGCGCCUCGUUGGAAGUCAUGUUCAGAGUCAUGACUGGCGAGGAGCUCAGGACCAUUGCAUUCGUAUAUUUCGUAGGCGACACUCCAGAAUCUGAUAUUCGCGGGACCAACGACUUUGACGGGUCAGUCGUGGCGGCAGUAACUGGUAUUCCAUACUCGUCCGGAUCGAAGUUAUCAAGGAAGGAGCGAAACCUAAGGUCAUGCCCAAGAUUACAGUCGAUAGUGUCUCGACGCUGUCAACAUGGCAUGCAACGCGAGUCCGCCAAGUCUUUGAUAGCUGCGGAUGUGCUGGCGCCGCUGACAGAAGGGAUCAUUCCAGAGGAAGCUGCUGCUGUCGACUAG